CAAUAAGUAUUGCGACCACUUCAGUACUCAGGAUGGCUUCUCACAAUGGCCAUCAGCGAGCGGGGCCGCUGUUGCUGUUAACGAUAGUUACGCUGCUUGGAACGGCCGCAGACGCCGUGGUGUUUCAGACGAUCAUGAUGAACGUGACCGUACUUCGUCCAGACCUGAACAUGACGGCAGCAGCGGCGUGUGAGUGCAAGGCGAAGUGCUUCGUGCUGCCCAAGUGCAGCGCUGCGUCGUAUGACAUUACGACGUCGGUGUGCAGCAUGACGUACGACGCACCUUGCAACGUCACGACAACAUUUGCUCCUGGCGUCAUCAGCCUCUUUAAGUUUGUUAUUCGCGAAGCGUUCAUCACAAAAGAUAUAACAGUCAACGGAUCUCCCGACAACCUGAAGAAGAUGUGCGGUGCAGAAGGCGGGGUUCCGCUCAUCAUCAACACCAAGCAACUGCUUCGAGAAGCUAGGCAGCUCGUCGCUGUGUCACAGUCCUCACCACCUGAUGUCUAA